AGUUCUGCCGUGGCACACCUCCAAGCUUAUUUUCUUUCCCCACAUUAGCUCAGGGAUUGAAAGGCUGACUUCUUUGUUUUGUCAGAAAUAUUGAGCCUUAAGCUUAGCUGCUGUUCAGCUUAUAAACUGCGAACACAAGUUCUGCCAUGGGAUAGGCCUGUAUGGCUAUAAGGUGCUUUGUGGGAGCUCUAGCUAUGAGUUGAUUAUAUGAUGUUGUACAACAGGCAAGAAAACAGAGGAAACGUGACUGAAAUGCGCCUGGAUUCAACAACCGUAGAUUGUUAGCCGUUCGUUAAGGUUUUUGUUAAAGUUUGAGUUCGGACUGGCCUUCAUUUCCUUCAUUCUUGAGGACCCCCUUCUACUCUCCCUGACUUAUAUGACUAAGAUUGUGCCUUCGGCUUCUGGACAACGAAAGAAAGUUGAUAUGAAAACCAAUAGAACAGGAGAGAAAUUCUGGUUAAUGGAAUGAGGAAAUCUUCUUAACCUUAAUGAGGAAGACCUCUUAAGUUUUUAUGGAUGGAUUUUUUUUUUGCACGGCUACAUUGAAGCAAGUCCCGGGGUAGCAGUUGGGGCUAAGGAAGGCUAAGCUGAUUGCUGCUGGCUGGUGACUUCCCUUAGAAGCUGGUGUUGGACUGGAGCAGCCCGCUAGGGCCAUGAGCCAGAAGUCCCUCUUCCCUCUGAGGACCAGAGCCAACAUGGAGGUUUAGACCAGACAGACGCUGAGCAAGUGUUCAGUGCUGUGGGUCCUCUGCCUGGGAAUGGAGUGGUGUCAGCUGCAGACUGGAUGAAGGGGUCUUCAGCCCACCGUUAAUCCGUUACGUUACGGUAACACUGACGGCGAGAGACAUCCUCACCCCGGCGACCACAACAGAAUCUACCUCUUUUUCCUCAUCCGACUCUAUCUGGACUCUCUCCUGGUCCCCUCUACUGCCCCCUCCUUCCCUUCCCUCUCCUCCUCUUUCCCUCACCUUCCCUCCUCCCUCCCCUCCUCUUCCCUACUCUCAAUCUCUUCCUUCUCUCCUACCUUGUUGUCCAUGUGCCAGCACCUCUCUCCUGCUCCUGUCUGAACCCUGAACAUUGGCCUCUGACCCUUGAUCCCUCUGGAGGUCAGGAUGAGCUGGCUGAGCCGGCUGACCCCUCGGGGUCCGGGGGGCAGGUCCAGUAGGAACGUAGCCUCUUCCAGUCCCUGUACUGCUGACCCAGAGACCUGCCUCAUGGUGUUUGAGAACCACUGGAGACAGUUGUCCUGGGUACUGGAGCAGCAGGAGCCGUCGGGAUGUAGCGAUGACCUCACCGCGGUGCGGAACCACACCGAUCAGAUGCUGUGCCUCCUGGCUGAAGAGCGGCCGGGAGAAGUGGGCGAGGGCCCCCCCGGGACGUUAACGUCCGGUAACGUCCCCCCGGUGGGACCCAUCCUGGGUCUGGUGGUGACCGAGAACGUCCUGGAGCGAGUGGUGCAGUGGCACCUGAGGCGUGGCCUAGACCCCGACAGCCAGGGGGCGUUGCUCAAGCUGUUCGAGAUGCUGAUAGGCCAGUCUCAGCAGCCCUUGCUCCAACACAAGGCGGUGCUGCAGCCUCUACUGGGUCUACUGGGGGCCUGUGCUGAGCCCCAGCUGGGUUGCCCUCCCUCUCUGGAGAACAGCCUAGUGCUGCUGCUCAACCAGAUCUGUGUGUCGAUGGCGCGUGCCCCUGCGGUGUUGGAGCUGCUGUUUAGGUCGGCCCCGGCCCAACACGGUCCUACCAACCUGCUCAUCUUCUCCCUGCUGGUCCCCUUCAUCCACCGUGAUGGGGCCAUCGGACAGCAGGCCCGAGACGCCCUGCUCCUCGUCAUGGCAACCUCCGCCAGCAACCAGGGCGUGGCACGCUACAUCGCAGAGAACUCCUACUUCUGCCCAGUGCUGGCCACGGGCCUCAGUGCUCUCUACUCCUCCCUGCCGAGGAAGAUAGAGGUGCGGGGGGAUGACUGGCACGCUCUGCGCAGGGAGGACUGGAUGGGCGUGUCCUCUCUGGUGCUCUUCAUGAACUCUCUGGAGUUCUGUAACGCAGUCAUCCAGGUGGCUCACCCCCUGGUCCGCAGCCAGCUGGUCGACUACGUUCACAACGGCUUCCUGGUCCCUGUCAUGGGACCCGCCCUACACAAGUCAUCUGUAGAUGAGAUGAUAGCCAGUACAGCCUACCUGGAUCUGUUCCUGCGCAGCGUGACGGAAACAGCUCUCCUCAAAACCUUCCUACGCUUCAUCCUCAUGCAUCGCCAUGACAACGACACCAUCCUGGACACCUUGCUAACGCGCGUCAGCAGCAACUCCAGGCUGUGUAUGGUGUCUUUGAGCCUGUUCAGGACUCUGCUCUCUCUCAACUGUGAAGACCUCAUGUUGCAGCUCGUUCUCAGGUAUCUUCUACCCUGUACCCAUGUGAUGUUGAGUCAGAGGCGUGCCGUCAGGGACACCGAUCUCUAUGGUAAAUCAGCUGACAAGUUCCUGUCCCUCAUCCCAGAGUGCUGCCGCCUCAGCGUACUGCCCUCUGCUGAGCGGGAGGAAGAACCAGCCUUCUGGGGGAAAGUACUGAACAGCCCCAGCUCAGAGUCUCCUGUGCACCCCAAACCGAGCACUCCGUCCCGCCUGGCCCUCUUCAUGCGCCAGCAGAGCACUGCACUGCCCUUCACCCCCUCCCCCACUGAGACUGUCCCCUCGUCCCCCCGCGGGGGCCCUAGCACCCCCCUGUCCCCCGACAGCCCCAUGCACCCCGUCCCAGAGGGGCUGGACUGGGAGUCGGGGUACCUGGAGUACCUCAGGGACGCCCGUAGAGGGGUAGAGCUGUGCUCCUGGGCCUGCCGGAACUGGUCAGCCCCCUACGACGGAGAGGACCCCUCACCCAACACGGCCCCUCUACCGCCCCCGCCCCCCACCUCCAACCCCUCCCUGGCCAUGUUCCCAGAGCACUUCUCCUUCCAGCAGGGAGGAGGAGGAGGAGGAGGUGGUAGUACCUCCCCCGGCCAGCAGAGGGCAGCGGUGGUGGCAGCGGCGCGGUCAGAGUGGAGCAGUACAGAGAGGGACCGUGGAGAGUGGGACGUCACCAUCGGUAAGAACAACUGUACCAUCAGCCUCACGCCCCGCACCAAGAAACGCAGCCUGCAGAGAGAGGAGGUCCCCCUCCCCAAACCUCUCCACCUCCCUCCCGACUCUACCUCUGCCUCCGUCCCUGACCCCUCUGCUGCCCCCCACCUCCCCUCCGGCCCCUCCAUAGACCCUCACCAGGCCAUCUUCAAUGGAACGUCGUCGGGGAGUCAGGUGGAUGGGUGUCCAGACAGCCGGGAUGGAGGGAUGGAGGUUAAGAAGGUGAAGAGAGAUUUGGACGAGCAGCAGCAGCACGGAGACUCUAGUCAGAACGUUGCAGUAGGUGCCAGCCCAACCCCGGUCCCUACCCCGGCCCAGUCCUGUGGGCCCCUACAGGGGUUGCACAGGGAAGGGAAUGGAAGUGUGACUGGGGAAAACUCCAGGCGUCUAACAUCACACGUACAGAGUCACACCCAGGAUCAGCCUGCUCCGUGGACUCCAGCAUCCUGUGCCAACUCCUCCAACGUCAACCUGACCCCUCAGGUCUCUGGAUCGGGACCUCCAGAGGCAAUGCUCUCUACCCAGUCAGAAGCAGUGGAGCGGCUGAUCUCGGAGCUCCUGGAUGGGGCUGGACCGGGGGAGGGGGGCCAGCAGGGGCCUGGAGACUCCAACGGCCAGGGCAUCAGCAUCGAGGCCUUCACCCAGGAACUCCGGGAGUUGGAGGAGAGGGUGAGGGAGAGGAGCAGGGGGGUGGGGCUUCUCAGACAGCUGGAGGAGACCACCAGAGACCCCGACUCAGAGGAACCACUGCCCCCCUCACCCCUGGACGCUGACCUGACUGGGACUGGGGCUGGAGUGGAGCCCAAGGCUGUGGGGCUGUUCAGCCCUUCCAGGCCUCUAGGACAGCCAUCCGCUCAGCCCUACACAGGUCCGUUCAUGGUGGUUCUGUUUGCCAAGCUGGAGAACAUGCUCCAGAACUCUCUGUAUGUGAACAUCUUGCUGACAGGGAUCCUGUGCCAGCUAGCCUGCUACCCUCAGCCCCUGCUCCGAUCCUUCCUCCUCAACACCAACAUGGUGUUCCAGCCCAGCGUCAAGUCUCUCAUACAGGUUCUGGGCUCAGUAAAGAACCGCAUUGAGGUGUUUGCAGCAUCCCAUGAGGACUUCCCUGGCAUGCUGAGGAAAGCCCAGCGCUACCUGGUUGCCAGGGGCAAGGUGGACUGGGCUGACUCUUCCCCCAUGGGGGUACCCACCCUGCGACGCUCUGAUUCCCUGGUGAAGAGCCGGAAACCUUCGCUAGGCGACCUGAUCAUGCGACACACCAACAGCCCCACGCGGGCACGCCACGCCGCCCAGCUUGCCCUGGCGCACGUACGAGACGGCGGCCAAUCGCUGCACAGUGCCCUGUUCCGGGGAGGGACUGGGGGAGGGGCGUCGGGGCUGGAGAAACAGGUGGAGGCUCUGAGGGUGAAGAACGCCGUCUACUGCGCCGUCAUCUUCUCCGAGUUCCUCAAGGAGCUGGCCGCUCUGGCCCAGGAGCACGCCGUCUCCAUGCCCUUCCUCCAGAGCCACGACACUGAGGAGUGAUGCUGUCAGUCUCCACGCCCUUCCUCCAGAGCCACGACACUGAGGAGUGAUGCUGUCAGUCUCCACGCCCUUCCUGAAGAGUGAUGCUCCCAAUUCUACACCAUCCUCCCAAUGUGUGGUCUUGCAGACUCCCCGGCAUUGGCUGAAGCCAUUUCUUUCCCUACCAUUUUAACUCUAUGAUGGAAUGUGAUCUGGGGAAUGUCUGGACCCCCAUGUCCACAAAACAUCUCAGGAGUAUCAUCCGUUUUAAACUUUUAGAUCACAUGGACAGGUCCUAGACGUGCACCCCUCCUCUGAGACACUUUGUGGAUGUGGGUUCUUUCCCUCGGUCCAGCUACCGUUUACCCCCCCUUCCCUCCUGCAGGGGGCAGAGGGGAGCACUGACAGGGCUGAGCGCUGCAGGGAAGAGACGAGGGGGGGGGCAAGGUUAAUUCGGACGAUGAGAAAUCGAAGAAGGGAAUUGCAAUUGCUACAUGUGAAAGAGUAUUAGGGGGAGAGACUACAAAACUCUUCUGUUAUGAGACUGUGCAUAUCAUGUAAAUAUUAUUUAUGUGGAUAUAUACUAUGAACACUAACUCUCAGUACAUGUAGAUUUUAGAGGGUGGUCUGUAGUGUACAUGGGUACGUGGUGCUGAGUCGGCUCUUUCCACUCUCCUCUCUUUAGUAAAUGAUGCUCAUUAGACAUGUACCAGCUUAAAAAGGAGAACAAGGUUAAAGCUUCCGUCUUUUAGGAAAUUAGGCAAAAAAAAAAAAAAUGCCCCCCCCCGACUUUCAUGUCGCUGUUCGGGUACAGAUCAUCAUCUUCAUCAUCAUCAUCUCAAGAAGACACAUCUUUUGAAACGCAUCGCCUCAGCGUCGGAGAUUUAACAGGAAGGGAGGAAUGGGAGAGGAAGGGGUCUGGGAAAGGGAAGGAAGCCAGAGGACAGAGAUCCUCUGUAACUGUCCUGGAAAACGUGCUCAUGUUUUAUCAUUCAUAUGAUUGAAUUGUAUUAUUUAUUUUCUAAAUGAAACCUUUUUAAGACAUAUCAAUGCCAUGUGGGAGUGGCAAAAUCUCAACGUGUGUGUGUGUGUGUGGUGUAUGUAUUAGAAUGUCUCCCUUCUCAGAGGAACAAUAUCCAGUCCGUUGUCCGGCCUGCACCUGGGGUUGCCAUGUGAAAGGUGUGUUUCUGUUCUGGUGUUGCCAUGGGAAAGGUGUGUUUCUGUUCUGGUGUUGCCAUGGGAAAGGUGUGUUUCUGUUCUGGUGUUGCCAUGGGAAAGGUGUGUUUCUGUUCUGGGGUUGCCAUGGGAAAGGUGUGUUUCUGUUCUGGUGUUGCCAUGGGAAAGGUGUGUUUCUGUUCUGGGGUUGCCAUGUGAAAGGUGUGUUUCUGUUCUGGUGUUGCCAUGUGAAAGGUGUGUUUCUGUUCUGGGGUUGCCAUGGGAAAGGUGUGUUUCUGUUCUGGUGUUGCCAUGGGAAAGGUGUGUUUCUGUUCUGGUGUUGCCAUGGGAAAGGUGUGUUUCUGUUCUGGUGUUGCCAUGGGAAAGGUGUGUUUCUGUUCUGGUGUUGCCAUGGGAAAGGUGUGUUUCUGUUCUGGUGUUGCCAUGGGAAAGGCAGUAGAUAUCUCAGACUGGGGGGAGUGAACAGGUGUUGUAUGUGGAGGAUGAGGGCUGCAGUAGAUAUCUCAGAUAGGGGGAAGUGAGGCCUAAAGGUUUUAUAAAUAAACAUCAACCAGUGAGUCUUGUGACGGGUAUACAGAGAUGACCAGUUUACAGAGGAGUACAGAGUGCAGUGAUGUGUCCUAUAAGGAGCAUUGGUGGUACAUCUGAUGGCCGAAUGGUGAAGAACAUCUACCUGCUCGAGAGCACCCUUACCUGCCGAUCUAUAUAUUAUGUCUCCGUAAUCUAGCAUGGCUAGGAUGGUCAUCUGAAUCAAGGUUAGUUUGGCAGCUGGGGUGAAAGAGGAGCGAUUACGAUAGAGGAAACCAAGUCUAGAUUUAACUUUAGCCUGCAGCUUUAAUAUGUGCUGAGAGAAGGACAGUGUACCGUCUAGCCAUACUCCCAACUACUUGUAUGAGGUGACUACCUCAAGCUCUAAACCCUCAGAGGUAGAAGCUGUUCUGUGCCGUUUUCCCCCAUAUGGGCCAGCCCCCUAGCAAUUAGAGUUAGGAGUUUUCCCCCAUGUGGGCCAGUCCCCUAGCAAUUAGAGUUAGGAGUUUUCCCCCAUGUGGGCCAGCCCCCUAGCAAUUAGAGUUAGGAGUUUCUGCUUGUUGAAUCCAUGUCAAGCUAGUCUUUCUAUAAAAAAAAAGUGAAAGUUAUUUCAGCAAAUUUAGCUGGCUUACUCAAUGAUCCUGCUUGAUAGUGUGCCCUCACAGUAGUCUGAGAGAGACUGGGAGAAAACGGUGCUUGUUACAUUCAACCUCCCUUCUUUCUGAACUCUGUUGGGUUAGAUGGUUUGCCUCAGGACAGGAGAUAUUGGUUUAAUGUGACUACGGUUUAUCACAGUCACUUCUUGUUUGCGUGAUCUAAUCGGAUAAUCCCGUCCAUUCAAAUCUGUUGUGUGCGUGAGACACACUCAAGUCUAAAAUAACCAACCAGUUUUGUCUCUUAAAACCCCUGAGAGAAAUAGUCCCCAUCCCCCUGGAAUAUAGAACACUAGACCCAACAAGCACUGAUAACCUUAGAACUAGCCUGUAUUAAACCCUGAUACUAAACUUUGCAUAUUAGUUCAUAUACAGAGAUAAUAUACAGAAAUGAUAUAUAGAGAUAAUAACUCAUUACUUUUUUGUCUCUGAGAUACUGAAGUAAAAGAAGGAAGGGAAACCUAGUGUGUAGGAACUUUGACCUCGUCUGUUGCAGUGGAUCACAUAUUUCAGGGUUCCCCAACUGACGGCCCGGUUCUAUUUGUCGUCCCCCACCCUCCCUCCCCAAGUUUUCAGAGCAAAAUGUUUUUAUAAAAACAAAACGAUUAUUUCCGCUCAAGAAAUAAUCGUCCCGCGAAUUGAAUCUGGUUGAUGGUCCCUGACAUAUUUCUUAUAAACGUUGACCGCGUCAGUGUUGCAGUAGAUCACAUAUUUAUUAGUAUGUGUCAUGUUGAACGUUGAGAAGCUAGCUAGCUGUGCCCACACAGUGUUUUUGAGUUUUGCCAAGACACUUUAAUCACUUUAAUUUCAGUUUUUAUUAAAAAAUAACUGUUGCAGUUGUUUUAAGCGUGCGUGUGUGUACGUGUGUGCCUGUGUGUACAUGUGUGUGUGUGUACGUGUGUGUGUACGUGUGUGCCUGUGUGUACGUGUGUGUGUGUGUGUACGUGUGUGUGUGUGUGUACGUGAAAGUCCAUCUCUAACCCAGCCUCUAUUGUCAUUGGCUUUACACAUACUUUCCAUACUCAUCCCUGGUCGAUGAGUGAAACAACAAUGUUUUUGCCGUUGUGUUAGGAAAUCUAUAUGGGAACUGAAAUGGACGUGCCAAAUGAAUAACAUAUAUAUUCUUCAAGUCACCCCUCACAGCUUCAACCAGUGUCUCUAGGAAGACCUACACGGGUCAGAUAUUUGCCCCUGAGAUGUCUGGGAUAUCCCAGGAUCCCCUUUAAUUUGAUUUUUUUCUUUUCUUUCUUUCUUCACUUCUGACUGUUUAUUAAAAAAUAAAAAAAAAUGUUUUAUACAUGUUCUUGAUUUGUCACAAAAAGCAGGUCCCAUUUUACAGCUGUACAACACGUUCUGUAUUAACACUUCUCCCAAUUGACGAUGUAAUGAUUCAUUUAAUCAGUCCAUUCAUCUUUGUCUGAUUGAUUGUUUUUAUGCAGAAAAUUAAUACAUUUUUACCUGAAGA